AUGGCGGCGGCGAGCCGGCUGCCGGACUCUUGGGUGCUGCUGGCCCUGCUGCUUGGGAGGCUCGCGCUGCUGGGAGUCGGGCCGGUCCCGGCGCGGGCGCUGCACAACGUCACGGCCGAGCUCUUUGGGGCCGAGGCCUGGGGCACCCUGGCGGCCUUCGGAGACCUCAACUCUGACAAGCAGACGGACCUCUUCGUGCUGCGGGAAAGAAAUGACUUAAUCGUCUUUUUGGCAGACCAGAAUGCACCCUAUUUUAAACCCAAAGUAAAUGUAUCAUUGAAUAAUUACAGUACAUUGAUAACCAGUGUAGUCCCAGGGGAUUAUGAUGGAGAUUCACAAAUGGAUGUCCUUCUGACGUAUCUUCCCAAAAAUCAUGCCAAUGGUGAAUUAGGAGCUGUUAUCUUCUGGGGACAGAAUCAAACAUUAGAUCCUAGCAAUAUGACCAUACUCAAUAGGACUUUUCAAGAUGAACCACUAAUUAUGGACUUCAAUGGUGACUUAAUUCCUGAUAUAUUUGGUAUCACAAAUGAAUCCAGCCAACCACAGAUAUUAUUAGGAAAAAAUUUAUCAUGGCAUCCUGCAUUGACCACUAAAAAUAAAAUGCGAAUUCCACAUUCUCAUGCUUUCAUUGAUCUGACUGAAGAUUUCACAGCAGAUUUAUUCCUCACGACAUUGUCUGCUUCUAGUGCCUUCCAGUUUGAGAUAUGGGAAAAUUUGGAUGGAAAUUUCUCUCUCAGUACUGUUCUUGAAAAACCUCAAAAUAUGAUGGUGGUGGGACAGUCAGCAUUUGCCGACUUUGAUGGAGAUGGAAACAUGGAUCACUUACUGCCAGGCUGUGAAGACAAAAACUGCCAGAAAAGUGUCAUUUACUUAGCAAGAUCUGGAGCAAAGCAGUGGACUCCUGUCCUACGGGAUUUUAGCAGUAAGGGUACCCUCUGGGGCUUUGUGCCAUAUGUGCAUGAACAGCAACCAACUGAAAUACCAAUUCCAAUUACCCUUCAUAUUGGAGAUUACAACAUGGAUGGCUACCCAGAUGCUCUCGCCAUACUGAAGAAUACAUCUGGAAGCAAUCAGCAGGCCUUUUUACUGGAGAAUGUCCCUUGUAAUAAUGCAAGCUGUGAGGGGGCACAUCGUAUGUUUAAAGUCUACUGGGAGCUGAUGGACCUAAACCAAAUCAGAGAUGCAGUGGUUGCCACCUUCUUUGACAUUUACGAAGAUGGAAUCUUGGACAUUGUAGUACUAAGCAAAGGGUAUACAAAGAGUGAUUUUGCCAUCCAUACCCUAAAAAAUAACUUUGAAGCAGAUGCUUAUUUUGUCAAAGUCAUUGUUCUUAGUGGUCUCUGUUCUAAUGACUGUCCUCGUAAGAUAACACCCUUUGGAGUAAAUCAACCUGGACCUUACAUCAUGUAUACAACUGUAGAUGCAAAUGGAUAUCUCAAAAAUGGUUCAGCUGGACAACUUAGCCAGUCGGCGCAUUUAGCUCUCCAACUGCCAUAUAAUGUACUUGGCUUAGGUCGAAGUGCCAAUUUUCUUGAUCAUCUUUAUGUUGGUAUUCCACGUCCAUCUGGAGAGAAGUCUGUACGAAAACAAGAAUGGACUGCAAUCAUUCCAAAUUCUCAGCUAAUUGUCAUUCCAUAUCCUCCCAAUGUUCCUCGAAGCUGGAGUGCCAAACUGUAUCUUACACCAAGUAACAUCGUUCUACUUACUGCUAUAGCUCUCAUUGGUGUCUGUGUUUUCAUCUUGGCAAUAAUCGGCAUUUUGCAUUGGCAGGAAAAGAAAGCAGAUGAUAGAGAAAAACGACAAGAAGCUCAUCGAUUUCAUUUUGAUGCUAUGUGA